AUGAAAGAGAAACACCCACGAAUCAGGGAAAGGAGGGACACCGAGCCAAGGGCGCCCCGCAUCACUGUAAGAAGGCCCCGUCCACGGCAGACGCCAACCUCACUGCGCCGACAGAGCCAGAAGAGACACCCAGGAGGAGAGCCGGCCUCCGAGAAGGCGAAUGAGCCGUCCCAGGUCACCAUGAGCAAAGACUAUGCAAACAGGGGCGAGGCUGCCAUGGGCUCCAGGGCCUCAGACGCUACCAACAACACCGAAGCGGAAGUAUUCGCAGCAAAUCCAUCACACAGACGGCCUUCGAGUGAGGGCACCCCCACCCAGGCCGCCACGGUGCACAGGACCCCAUGGGACCCUGCUCUGCCUCAGCAGCCUCGGCUCCGUCUCGCUCUGUCCCCCAGACUGGAGAGCCUUUUGCCAUCGUCAUGUGGGAGCCACCAUGCGAUGUCCCACCUCCGUUUCCCUCCACUUGAAGGAAGUCACAUGGGUCCCCGGCUCCUACCUCUGUGA